AAUUGAUGCAGUUCAUAUCAUCUUUGAUGUUUUUCUUCUGGAACCAAUAUUCCAGUCCCUUUCUGUGUAAAUUUAGGCCUUACUAUUAGUCAUAACAUGUUAAGGAUUUUAAAUGUCAUUUCAACUUUUUGCAAUUGACAGGAUAGAUUUGUGAAGCACUCAAGAAUCAAGUCAGAGAAUCGCUUCUUGGUGUUUCUGUCGGCUCUCACCCGAGAGACCCGGGUUCAAGUCCGGGCAACGGAAUUUAAUUUUUCUAAACGAUCUUUCCAUUUUUUUUUAAUUUUGAUUGUCACACCAGAAUACGCUCAAUCCCUUAAUUCGAAAGCCCAAAAUUCUUUGUUCUUUGCGUCUUUUCCCCGAGAAGUAGCCGAGGGUGAAGCUUCAUUCUUCUCAAAAUCUCCUGCCUAUUUCAUAUUGCGGUGAAACCAUAGAUUCUAUAUCCAAAGAGGCAAAUAAGCAGACGUAUAGCAAAAAUGCUGGCUUCUAAGGGAGCAGUUGUCUCAGAUUCUAGAGUGAUGAUGAGGACCUUAUUCUCCCCCUGCAAUAUUUCACAUAUAUCAGUUAUUAGCUUUGGACGGAAAAGCUCGUCAAAAGCCUUUAGUGCAAAAAUGGAGCUCUCAAUCACACGACCUGAUGAUUGGCAUCUUCAUCUUCGUGAUGGUGACGUUCUUAAGACAGUUGUCUCGCACAGUGCACAUCACUUUGGGAGGGCUAUAGUUAUGCCAAAUUUGAAGCCUCCUAUCACGACCACCGCCGCUGCUGUAGCAUACCGGGAAGCGAUAUUGAAAUCUUUGCCUGCCAAUAGUGAUUUCAGUCCUCUUAUGACACUUUAUUUAACAGAUACAACCAGUCCUCUUGAAAUCAAACUAGCAAGAGAGAGCCAGGUCGUAUUUGGGGUGAAGUUAUAUCCUGCUGGUGCCACGACAAAUUCACAAGAUGGAGUGACUGAUCUCUUGGGGAAGUGUUUACCAGUUCUACAGGAAAUGGUUGAGCAUAAUAUGCCUCUGCUGGUUCAUGGAGAGGUUACAAAUCCUGAGGUUGACAUUUUUGAUCGAGAAAAAGUAUUCAUUGAAAUGGUUCUAAGCCCUUUGGUUCAGAAAUUUCCACGAUUGAAGGUCGUGAUGGAGCAUGUUACCACCAUGGAUGCUGUAAAGUUUGUUGAAUCUUGCACUGAAGGAAAUGUUGCAGCGACUGUCACCCCACAGCAUCUUGUUUUGAACAGGAAUUCUCUCUUCCAAGGGGGCUUGCAACCGCAUAAUUACUGCCUUCCAGUGCUCAAAAGAGAGAUCCACAGGCAGGCUCUUGUGUCAGCUGUAACAAGUGGAAGUAAAAGAUUUUUUCUUGGGACUGACAGCGCUCCUCAUGAUAGACGAAAGAAAGAAUGUUCUUGCGGGUGUGCUGGUAUUUACAAUGCUCCUGUAGCCUUAUCAGCAUAUGCGAAGGUGUUUGAACAGGCAAAUGCACUUGACAAGCUCGAAGCAUUUACUAGCUUCAACGGACCAGAUUUCUAUGGGCUUCCCAGGAACAACUCAAAGAUUAAGUUGAGCAAGACGCCAUGGAAGGUGCCCGAAUCCUUUUCCUAUGCAUCGGGAGAUAUCGUUCCCAUGUUUGCUGGUGAAAUGCUCGACUGGUUGCCCUCUCCUCUCUGAGAAAGAAAAAGAGAUUCCCAUUUUCAUCUGACAUUCUUGUUGUACUGUAAUAUUGUGAUUUAAUAAAACAUAUGGACUAUAGAGGUAUUCAUCUUUGCUUUCCUGUUGAUUAGGCAUUAUCGGAAAUUCAGAAUGAUAAAGGUGAUUUCGAUAAUACCCUUUCAGCCUAAAAUUAUCGAGAUAAUAAUAAAGCAAACGGAUGCACCAAAGAGCUUCUCUA